AUGGAGAUUCUAGUAGCAUUUCUUCUGAUACAGCUUCCUCAUAUGGCAUGCAAGGAUCACAUUCUUAACUGCAUGGUUAAAGAUCCACACCCUCCACUUCAUGACUAUCAGCAGCCAGGUGACCUCUUCAUUGGUGGAAUUGUUUCCCAGAGCAUCAUCGUCACAAAUUUAAUACCGUUCACAGAAGUACCACCACAGACUCUGCAUGAAGAGCUUCUUGUGGUAACAAAGAAUUACCAACACAUUCUCACCUUGGCAUUUGCAAUCAAGGAAAUAAAUGAAAACCCUCAGCUGUUACCCAACAUCACCUUGGGUUUCCACAUUUAUGACAGCUAUUUUACUGCCAAAGGGACCUACCAUGCUACAAUGCUACUGAUAUUCACACCAUGGAAACAUCUCCCAAACUACAAAUGUGACAUCCAGGAUAACCUCAUUGCAGUUAUUGGAGGACUGGACCCACUGACCUCCUUGCACAUGGCAACAGUCUUGGAUAUUUACAAGAUUCCACAGGAUCCUUCAGGAUUUCAACAUUAUGUUGAGAAUAGGAAGCCUCUGAAUGCAAAAGGAGAUGGCUUUAUCCUGGACUUCUGGCAACAUGCAUUUGGUUGUAUAUUUGCAAAUGGGGUAACUGAGCGAUUGGAUGGAGAUUUUUGUAAUGGGGAGGAGAAACUGGAGAGCCUUCCGGGGCCCUUUUUUGAAACAAGGAUGAUUGGCCACAGCUACAGCAUCUACAACGCUGUCUAUGCUGUGGCCUAUGCUUUACAAACGAUGUUCUCAUCUAGACUCCCAUACAGAGUAAUGGGGGCUGAAGGGGGACAGAAGCUUUGGAAUCUACAGUUCUGGCAGUCCCAUCACUUUCUGAGAAGAGUCUCCUUUAACAACAGUGCUGGUGACCAGGUUUCCUUUGACCAGAAUGGGGAGUUAGUAGCUGGAUUUGACAUUUUCAACUGGAUUUUUUCUUCAAACCAAUCCUUUCACAGAGUGAAAGUUGGACAGGUGGACCCCCAAGGUCUUCUGGGCAAUGUAUUCAGCCUCAAUGAGAGUUCCAUAACGUGGCACAGCUGGUUUAAUCAGGCAAAGCCUCAUUCUGUAUGUAGUGAAAGUUGCCGUCCUGGUUUUAGCAAGAAAGUGAAGGAGGGGGAUCCAUUUUGCUGCUAUGAUUGCAUCCCAUGUCCAGAAGGGAAGAUUUCAGUCCAACACGAUAUGAAUGACUGUUCCAAAUGCAGUGACGUAAGCUAUCCGAGCAAGAACCAAGAUUCCUGUGUUCCCAGAUUGGCUUCCUUCUUGUCUUUCAAAGAACCACUGGGGGUCGCUUUAGCCCUUUUUGCCCUUUUCUCUUCCUUGAUCACAGCUCUGGUGCUAGCAGCAUUUCUGAAGCACCACAGCACUCCCAUUGUCAAAGCCAACAACCGGGGCCUCACCUACACUCUCCUUGUCUCCCUCUUGCUCUGCUUCCUUUGUUCAUUGCUAUUCAUUGGCCAGCCACAGAAGGUGACAUGUCUUCUCCGACAAACUGCUUUUGGAAUCAUAUUCUCAGUAGCUGUUUCUUGUGUGUUGGCCAAAACCACCACAGUGGUCCUGGCUUUCAUGGCCACCAGACCGGGAUCCAGCAUGAGGUAUUGGGUGGGGAAGUCAUUAGCUAACUCCAUUGUUCUUCCCUGCUCAUUCAUCCAAGCAGGCAUUUGCUUUGUGUGGUUGGUAACUUCUCCCCCAUUCCCAGAUGUUGACAUUCAUUCAGUAAGAGAAGAACUUAUAUUGGAGUGCAAUGAGGGAUCUCUGACUUUCUUCUACUGUGUUUUAGGCUAUAUGGGCUUUCUGGCCAUUAUCAGCUUCAGUGUGGCUUUCCUUGCUAGAAAGUUACCUGACAGUUUCAACGAAGCCAAAUUCAUCACCUUCAGCAUGUUGGUCUUUUGCAGUGUUUGGUUAUCCUUUAUCCCAACCUAUCUAAGCUCCAAGGGAAAGUACAUGGUAGCUGUGGAGAUCUUUUCUAUUUUAGCCUCUAGUGCUGGGUUGCUGGGCUGCAUAUUUGCCCCCAAAUUUUAUAUCAUUGUGUUGAGGCCUGAGUUGAAUAACAGGGAACAGAUAAUAAGAAGAAAAGCAUGA